UUCAAUGCGCUCCGAAAUACGCCAUCUCUUCGCACGCGUCCAUCAUGGCCUCCACAGACGAUCCGACGAUCUCCGCGCUCGUUUAUGAUUAUUUAUUGAAGAAAGACACAUCUUUGGCGAAAGUCUUUCAGAAAAAAACAAAAGCGCCUGAACUUGCAAAAGGCUCUCCGACAAUACUGCAAGUAAUACAGCAUUUUCAAAAGAAUUCGUCAAAAAAAGUUAAUGUCAAAGCACAAAAAACAAACAGCAGUUCAGAUUCAAGUUCGGAGAGCGAAGAUGAAGCGCCUAAAAAAGUUCCAAUAGUUAACGGCAAAGCGCCAGCAACAAAAAAACCAGAAAUCAAAAAGCAAGAGAGUUCAUCGGAAGAGUCUUCUAGCGAAGAUGAAAAACCGGCUGUCAAAGUGCCCCCGCCUAAAGCUGUGGCGAAAAUAACACCUGCCGCUAAAGAAUCAAGUUCAGAUGACAGCUCGUCAGAUGAAGCUCCAGCACAAAAGAUUCCCACAAAAACAAAACCAACCCCAGCUAAGCCAACUGCCAAAAAAGCUUCUUCCAGCGAUGAUUCUUCAGACUCUGAAGAAGAUUCCAAAACACAAGUGGUGCCCAAGCCUGUGGCUAAAGCUGGAGCUAAAGUAAUCCCUGCAAAACAAGAACCCUCGGACGAUAGUGACGAUAGUAGCGACGAUGAACCUACUGUUAAAACAGUCGCCAAACCUGCAGCAAAACCUGCCGCCAAAUCCGCCGUCAAACCUGCAGCUAAACCUGUGGCAAAACCAGUCACGAAAACAGCUACUUCUAGCGAUGAUUCGGAUGAUUCGUCAGAAAACGAAAAACCAGCAGCUAAGACUCCAAGCAAAGUUACACCUGCGGCAAAGGCUACUCCUAUAAAAGCAGCUAAAAAAGAAGAAUCUUCAGAUGACUCUUCCGACGACGAUGAGCCUGCUGUGGCCCCAGCUGCUAAGGCGGUAGCUAAGCCAGCCGUGAAAGCAAAAUCAAGUAGCGAAGAUUCGGAUUCAUCUGAAGACGAGAAACCUGCACCUAAACUAAUCACCCCUGUUAAUAAGGCUGCCAAACCCGUUGUUAAGCAGGCUAAAGAGUCUUCGAGUGAUGAUAGCAGCAGUGAUGAAGAACCACCAAAAAAGAAGGCUGCAGCACUUCCAGUUAAACCUGCGGCAAAAAAAGAAUCAUCUAGUGACGAUUCUGACGAUUCAUCAGAAGAUGAAAAACCAGCACAGAAAGUUGCCGUAAAAUCCACACCAGCUAAAGCUGUUGUCAAACCAGCAGCUAAGAAAGAGUCCAGCGAUGACUCUGACGAGUCUUCAGAAGAUGAGAAACCGGCAUCGAAGCCAACUGUCCCCAAAGUUGUAGCUGAAGAAGAAUCCAGUUCGGACGAUAGCGAUGAAGAAGAAGCACCCAAACCAAAAGCUACUCCAGCUAAGCCCAACAAAAGAAAACACCAAAAUAACGAUAACGAUGAAGGCAAUGAUGACGAUACAGAAGCAACACCAGUUGCAAAAAAACAAAAGGACAAUUAUAGCAAUUUUGUAAAGGCUGGUAACAACGUAAAUGGAGAUAAGAAAAAUACACCAUUCAGACGCGUAAAGGAUGACGAGAUCGAAGUGGAUCCACGAUUGGGGAGUAAUGCAUUUGAAGCUAAGGAAGAGGGUGAGGAAGAUGGCCAUACCCCAAGUAACGGUAACUUCAGGGGUGGAAGGGGAGGUUUAGGUUUCCGUGGAGGAAGGGGUGGCGAUAGGGGUGGUCGUGGCGGUUUCAGGGGCGGGAGGGGUGGUGAUCGUGGAGGCUUCAGAGGGGGUAGAGGUAGCUGGGGUGACCGAGGAGGAAGAGGCGGCGGCCGAGGAGGGGGUGGCAGAGGAGGCUUCGGAGAUGGUGGCCGAGGGGGUGGUGGCAGAGGAGGCUUCGGAGAUGGCGGCCGAGGGGGUGGUGGACGAGGGGGAGGUGAUUUUAGAAAAUCUUGGGGAGGUGACGAAGGUGGUCGAGGCGGCGGAAGAGGUGGGGGCUUCAGGGGCGGCAGAGGGGGUGGUUUUGAGAAGAGAAGUUCAUUUGGAGAUGCACCCGCUCAAAAUAAAAAAAUCACUUUUGACGAUUGAUUAUAGCGGUUUUUAGAGAUAAGAAAGGUUUCCGAGGUUCCUGGGGAGAAAGAGCAAAUCUGGACCUGAAACACACCAGAGGGAAAUCGUUCCGUCAUGAGAAAACUAAAAAGAAACGUGGCAGUUAUCGUGGUGGUCAAAUAGACAUGACUGUCAAUUCCAUUAA